ACGUCAAUUGGUACAGGUUACGAUCUCUCUAACUCGGUGUUCUCGCCCGACGGCCGGAAUUUCCAGGUCGAGUAUGCUGUCAAGGCAGUAGAGAACGGCGGUACUGCCGUCGGCAUCAGAUGCAAGGAUGGUGUGGUGUUGGCAGUGGAAAAGAUCAUCACUAGCAAGCUUCUAAAGCCAGGGGCCAACAAGAGAAUUGCUACAGUGGAUCGCCAUGUUGGCAUUGUUUCCUCCGGACUCGUCCCUGAUGGCCGCCACUUUGUUUCCAGAGCGAGAGACGAAGCUUCCUCAUGGAGGGGUACUUACAAGGGACCUAUUCCAACCAACGCACUGGCCAAUCGCCUAGGUGGCUACGUGCAGGCGUACACACUCUACUCCAGUGUACGGCCGUUUGGCGUAACUGCUAUUGUUGGUGGCUGGGAUACCGAAGCAGAGCUUCCGGUUGAUGGACAAGUCGGCAGCGGACCCCAGUCGGGCUCCGGUGGAAAGGUUGAGGGCGCCAAGGCUGGCGGUCCUGGUCUAUACAUGAUCGAGCCUAGUGGACUUUAUUGGGGAUAUUACGGUGCUGCUACUGGCAAGGGUCGACAGGCUGCCAAGGCCGAACUGGAGAAGCUAGACCUGACUUCGGGCAACCUAUCUUUGGCAGAUGGUGUGAAGGAAGCGGCCCGCAUCAUCUAUGUUUCUCACGAGGACAGUAAAGACAAGGAGUUCGAGCUUGAGAUGACAUGGAUUAGCUCAGUCGAUGGGCCCACCAAAGGCCGCCAUGAAGAGGUGCCUAAGGAGCUUCUUGAAGAAGCCGAGAAAUUCGCGAAACGGUCUUUGGAAGGCGAUGAGGAGGAAGAUGAAGAGAAGACCCAGGGCGAACAGAUGGAAGAGUGA